ACUCUUUUUAAUUUCCGCUAUCUCGAUUAAUCUACAAAGUAACAAAACAGUCACCUGCUCGCUGGUCUCCCGAAACAUCGACGUAUCUCGCGACUGAACUCACUCCGUUCUGAGCUUCUUAAUCUCAAACGAUGUCAGAACCACCUUUUCGACCACGGGAGAAGCUCAUAGAGAAGCAGAAAUAUUUCCAGAGCGUCCACAAAUACACAUAUUUGAAAGGGCCUUAUGAUAAGAUCACCUCUGUUGCCAUUCCUAUAGCUUUGGCAGCCAGCUCAAUAAUCCUCAUCGCACGAGGGAUCUAUAAUAUGACUCAUGGGAUUGGGAAGAAGGAAUGAGGAGACUUCUUGUUUAAUGACUAUCAUCUUGUUGAUUUCUGUUCAUAUUUUAAAGGAUCAUUUUCUCUUCCACAUGGACUAGUUGUGUUUGAAGUAUUUCGUUUGUUUAGUCUCUCUAAUAAUUGCAUAUUUGCAGACUUCUGGCUCUGAUGGAAGUGUAAUGCUGCAUAAUUGAAUACGAGAUAGAUGCAUUUGCUUAGUA